ACAGCCUCUGGGUCACCGCCAGGGGGCGGGGCUGACGGGUCAUCAGCCCGGGCAAGAGGUGGGCAUUCCUGGACAUUUCCCUGAGGCAGGAGCAGGUACGAUGGGCAUCUGGGGACGACUGGCCUUCUUGCUGUUGCUGCUGCGAGGCCUGGGGCAGUCCGCAUGGCCUGCAGCAGUGGCCCUGGCCCUGCGCUGGCUCCUGGGAGACUCCGCCUGCUGUGUGCUGCUGGGCCUGGCUGUGCUGGCGUGGCCCUGGCUCGGCCCCUGGAUGCCCCACUGGCUGAGUCUGGCAGCUGCGGCCCUCACGCUGGCUCUGCUGCCCACGCAGCCGCCCCCAGGGCUGCGCUGGCUGCCUGCAGACCUGGCCUACGUCUUCAAGAUUCUCCGCCUGGGCCUGAACAUCUGGGCGCGCUUGAGCCGCCAGCCACCUGACACCUUCGUAGAUUCCUUCGAGCGGCGGGUGCGAGCACAGCCAGGGCGCGCGGUCUUGGUGUGGACGGGGCCGGGGAGCCGGUCGGUCACCUUCGGGGAGCUGGACGCCAGGGCCUGCCGGGCGGCGUGGGUCAUGAAGGCCGAGCUGGGCGGCGCCGCGGGGCCCCGCGCCCAGGAGCCCACCGCCCUCGUCGUGCUGCCCUCGCAGACCGUUCCUGCUCUGGGUCUGUGGCUCGGGCUGGCCAAGCUGGGCUGUCCGGUGGCCUGGAUUAAUCCGCACGGCCGGGGGGCGCCCCUGGUGCACUCGGUGCUGAGCUCUGGGGCUCGGGUGCUGGUGGUGGACCCAGACCUCCGGGAGAACCUGGAGGAGGUCCUUCCCAAGCUGCAGGCAGAGAACAUCCGCUGCUUCUACCUCAGCCGCUCCUCCCCCACGCCGGGGGUGAGGGCUCUGGGGGCUGCCCUGGAUGCUGCACCCUCAGACCCCGUGCCCGCUGACCUUCGAGCUGAGAUCAAGCUGAGAAGCCCAGCCCUGUUCAUCUACACCUCGGGGACCACCGGGCUCCCGAAGCCAGCCAUCCUCACGUAUGAGCGGGUGCUGCAGAUAAGCGGGAUGCUGACCCUGUGUGGGGUCACAGCGGAUGACGUGGUCUACACGGUCUUGCCUCUGUACCACACGAUGGGGCUGGUCCUUGGGGUCCUUAGCUGCCUGGAGCUUGGAGUGACCUGUGUCCUGGCCCCCAAGUUCUCUGCCUCCUGCUUCUGGGACGACUGUCGGCAGCAUGGUGUGACUGUGAUCCAGUAUGUGGGCGAGGUCCUGCGGUACCUGUGCAACACCCCCCAGCGGCCAGAGGACCGAACACAUAAAGUCCGCCUGGCGAUUGGCAGUGGACUCCGGGCAGAAGUGUGGGAGACCUUCCAGCAGCGCUUUGGCCCCAUUCGGAUCUGGGAAGUCUACGGCUCCACGGAAGGCAACGGUGGCUUUGUCAACUAUCCAGGGCGCUGUGGGGCCCAGGGCAAGAUAAGCUGCUUCCUUCGAAUGCUGUCCCCCUUCGAGCUUGUACAGUACAGCAUGGAGACAGAGGAGCCUGUGAGGGACAGCUGGGGCCUCUGCAUCCCUGCGAGGCCAGGGGAGGCAGGGCUCCUGCUGACCCAGGUGCUGCGUCACCAACCUUUCCUGGGCUACCGUGGGCCCCGGGAGCACACAGAAAGGAAGUUGGUGAAGAACGUGCGGCGCCCGAACGACCUUUACUACAACACCGGGGACGUGCUGGCCCUGGACGACGAAGGCUUCCUCUACUUCCGCGACCGCCUCGGGGACACCUUCCGGUGGAAGGGUGAGAACGUGUCCACGCGGGAGGUGGAGGGCGUGCUGUCACUCGUGGACUUCCUGCAGGAGGUGAACGUCUACGGUGUGCCUGUGCCAGGAUGUGAGGGCAAGGUGGGCAUGGCUGCCGUGCAGCUGGCCCCCGGCCAGGCCUUUGACGGGCAGAGGCUGUACCAGCACGUGCGCACUUGGCUCCCCGCCUACGCUGCCCCCCAUUUCAUCCGUGUUCAGGACGCCUUGGAGAUCACAAGCACGUUCAAACUGGUGAAGUCCCGGUUGGUGCGCGAGGGCUUCAACGUGGGCAUUGUUGCUGACCCCCUGUACCUGCUGGACAACCGGGCCCGAGCCUUCCGGCCCCUGACGUCAGACAUAUACCGGGCAGUAUCUGAGGGAGCCUGGAGACUCUAACCCUCGGGUCAGCCCACAGGACAUCCGAAGGCACUAGGCCCAACGCUGAUCACCACCCCCUCUUGUAUUGUCACCCACACCCCAGACCUGCACGGGGUCGCCAGGAACCCCAGCCUGGCCUUAUCCCCAGCUGCACAGUGUGGGAUGACCCUGGCCCCACAGCAGAGCGAGAAUAAACUUGGAGGUGUACACA